CGCUCAGUCCCUGAUGCCACCCCUCUUUAAAAGCCUGCAUCCACUUUGAGAGAGAGACACUUUGUAAACUCUUCUCUCCCCCUCUCUUACCUACCAUCAUUUACUAUUGGAGCAGGGAGAGAGAAGAACUCCAACAUUCAAGAGCUCCACCAGUUUUUGGAUUUGAUCUCAAGUUGCAGAGGUCAUUUGGUGAGCAAGAUGAAGGUGGAAGUCGUUCUUCUUCUUCUCCUUUUUGCUAUCAUGGCAUCUCUUGGUGCAUCAAUCCACAACCCGAUAGGCAUAAACUACGGCCUGCUGGGCGACAACCUCCCCUCCACCUCCCAAUCCAUAUACCUCGUCCAAUCCCUCCUCAAAGUCCCUCGCGUCAAAUUAUAUGAACCCAGACCCGAUAUCCUCCAAGCCCUCUCCAACACCAACAUCCAAGUCACCAUCAUGGUCCCUAACCAAGCCAUCCCCAACAUCUCUCUCAGCCAAAAUGUCUCUGACUCAUGGGUCAAGAUCAACCUUUUGCCCUUUUACCCCAAGACCCGGAUUCAAACCCUCUUAGUAGGAAACGAGGUCCUCUCUGAUCCAUCCAUCAAGACCACUUGGUCCAUGUUGGUCCCGGCCAUGCGCAAUCUCAAAUACUCACUUCGAGCAUUAGAUGUUGGUUCGAUUAAAGUAGGCACCACUUUGGCUAUGGACACUCUCGAAUCCUCUUUUCCACCUUCGAACGGAACCUUUCGUUCUGAUAUAGCUGUGCCUGUUAUCAAACCGCUACUCCAAUUCCUCAACAAAACAAAAUCCUUCUACUUUGUCGACGUCUACCCAUACUUUGCUUGGGCAGCAAAUUACAAAUCGAUUAACCUCAAUUAUACUUUGUUCAUGAAUGGAUCUGCUGGUUACAAGGAUCCUUUUAGUGGGCUUGUGUACACAAACCUACUCGACCAACAACUUGAUGCGGUGGCCUCAGCCAUGGCUAAGCUUGGGUACCCCAAUAUACGAAUUACAAUAGCUGAAACCGGUUGGCCAAAUGCCGGUGACCUCGACCAAAUUGGUGCUAAUGUGUACAAUGCAGCUCAUUAUAACCGUAACUUCGUGCGCAAGCUAAGGAGUAACAUGGGCACACCAAUGCGCCCAAACCAAACCAUCUUUGCCUACAUUUUUAGCCUUUAUAACGAGAAUUUAAAGGGAGGUCCAGGUACUGAGAGGCAUUGGGGUUUACUUUACCCUAAUGGGUCUAGGGUUUAUGAAGUUGAUUUAACUGGGCGUACUCCUAAUUCUAAGUAUGCCCCAUUGCCGGAGCCUAAAAACAAUGAGCAAUAUAAGGGGAAGAUAUGGUGUGUUGUGGUGCCUGGUGCAAACGUCACGGCAUUGGGGCCAGCACUCUCAUAUGCAUGUUCACAGGCAAACGACACAUGCAAUGCGAUACAACGAGGAAAGAAGUGUUUUAUGCCCAAUACAUUGGUGUCACAUGCUUCAUAUGCUUUCAAUUCAUAUUGGCAAAUGUUCAGGGGAACUGGUGGGACGUGCUUCUUCAAUGGGCUAGCUGUUCAGACUGCCAUUAAUCCAAGUUAUGGAUCCUGCAAGUUCCCCACCCUUUCACCAAGUUGAGAGGUGAUCGCUUAUGUGCUUCUUUCUUAUACAGAUGUGGCUUUACUCAUUUUGGCAAGAAAGAGAGAGAGAGUUAACCAAAGGGUUUGAACCCAUUUGUAAUGCUCUGGUAGCAUAGUAUUAAUGGUCAUUUCUCACUGUUAAUCUUUUGUGAUUAUUUUCACAUUUAAUUUUUUGAGAUGACCAAAGUUUCCUUGUUGUCUUGGUACUGGACAUUAAUGCCACUUUUUUUUUUUUUGGCC